AGAAUUUUCAUACAUAAUGAAAUGCAAUGAUUAAAAAUGUUUUCUAAACUAAAAAAAAAUAAUUAAAAAAAAAGAAAUCACUGUAAGAUUUCUUCACAUCUAACUAAACAAAAACACAGAAAAUCGAUCCUUGCUUCUGGAGAUAAACCAGUAAACAUUUUUUGGGGUUUUCCGAGUGCUCUUUCUGACACGACAUUAAAUUUGUCGCAAACAUCAACAUAAUCCAUGUCGAUAAACUUUAUACUUUUUUUUUUAUUUUAAGUCCCAGUUACAUGACUAACUAAAUCAGCGAUUCUUGUGUAGUGUCAAAAGUGCAAAAGUCAACCUUGUUUAUUUUUUUGCGGGUUUCAUUUUACACAUCUAUUGGAUGGAUGCUCCACAAUUUCAAUUUCCUCCAGUUAUAUGUUAGAAGUAGGCGUGUCAGUAGCUGUAUGAUGGACUUGAGUUGCUUUAAAUACGUAUACACUUCCUUGAGUUUUACGAGUUUUAUGAGCCGUCAAAAUGGUUGCACCAAAUCGUCGCAACGGUGGGGCCCAAUUCCUUCUACUUUUAGCAGCCGUUAUCAGCCUCGCUUUGGCAUCCCCUGCACCAUCGCUACAAAAUUUGAAGAAACAACGAGAGAAAGCAAAGAACAGGCUGUUUUCAACUACUACCACUACACCAGCUCCUUCUUCUAAUGAAUUAACAUGCGAGGAAAAGUUUAAAAACGCAGAAAAAUUCACUUUCAACGAGACAGCAUUGCACGGCGACAUCAGGAAACUGAUGAACACUUAUUACGAUUGGGGGGCUCUGUUGGCUCCGGCUCCAGUAGCUAUAAGCGUGUUGGGGAAGCUCAUCCUAAUGUCUAACAAGAGAUUGGAUUUUCCCAUCGAUGUCAAUUUACCAACCGGCGGUUUCAAGCACAUCAAGUACCCCAAGAGUUUCCGAACCACUUUACUUCAAAUCAGCCAUAGUGGUUACCUGGCCUUCCUAAAAGCUCACACCAACAUGGACAAGAUCCGAAUGUACAAUUCAAACGUGCCCAGCCACAUCAAGGACGCCACCCGCUACCUGAUGUCCAAACAAGAGCUUUACAUCGUCAACUUACUGCCUAUAUCGCUGGGACGCAUUAAAGAAGCAGCCGACCAGAGUAAAAAGCUUUCACAAGAAGUGGUAGAGGAAUUUAAAGACGUUGUGGGGUUGAUUCAAGAGACCAUUCUAGCCGUGUCAGACACCAAGAGCGAUAAGGAGGUCAAGUUGAAAGGAGUUGAGCUCGACAUCCAACUCAAGCACAUUACACCUUCUAUGAUCGGCAAGUAAAGAACGACAGGUGCGCAGAUCAAAACACCCAACAUCUAUCAGAUGUUCUGGUUACGGUCGGUCAAUACAGAUUAAAGUACGAGUCGUGGCAGAACUCGAGAGCAACUCGACCCUUUAAUGGUUUGGAAGAUGUAAGUAAAUUGCAACAGAUUUUUAUUACCAUGGUUCGAUGUGAUUCUGUCGUGGAGCUGAUGGACAAAGGAGGAAGAUUGGUCAAUAUGUUGCAAAGCGCCAAGUUUGAAUUAUUGCAGAAGAAUAGCACGCGCCCGGGAGCUGAAGAGAUGGACGAUUUGAUCCGCAUAAUCCAUCACGUUCGGGUCUCUGCUAAAGUACAAGAGAAAAGUGUGGUCAAUUCAACAAAUUUCCGCGGCGAAAGUUUGGUGGAUAUGUGGGAGUUUUCUUUCAAGCAUCAACUUCAAAUGUUGCAGAGCAUGAUCAAUACCACCACCGACAUUUUGAAUGUCAAUCACAGGCAAAUGAAAUUACAGCGGAAGAAAAACGAGGAGAUCAUCGGAAGAAUCAAACAGCUGGACCUAGCCAAAAUCAGCCACAAAGAGGCGAUUGAAGCGCUGAAUGACGGACUGGAAGUGUUGGGACUAUUGCAGCGAGACUGGCUGAAGUUAAUCGAAUUUUAUGAGAAAAUGUCGCGCUUUAUAAGCAAAGCCACCGAAGAAAUCGAAGCUCUCGUUGAGGUGGUCAGAGUAAUGAGUAAAGAUGUGUCAAAUUUGGAUGACGACGAAAUGUUUGGAAAUUUACUGGAAGCUGUUGAAAAAUCUAAUCAAGCCGCGUUCCUCAUCCACGGAGUAUCUGAAAUGUAUGUCAAUGUAUCGCAAAACUUUAUAAUGGAUCGUGUUGCCAAUCUGGAUAACAUGAUGAACAUCAACGUCAAUAAUGUCGGGCUAUCUAAGGUUCUUGAAGAGCAGAGAUUACUGAAGGAAAGCGCCCAGACUGCUUACGAUGGCAUCAUCCAGUACAUCAAAGAUGGAGAA